AUGGUUCUCCAUUUAUCACGUUCAACACGGUUGAGCGUUGUAAUUGGCAUAUCGACAUGUUUCUUUCUGGCUGAGAUUUCGUUGGGCUUCUAUACACACUCUAUUGCUCUGAUUGCAGAUGCUUUCCACUAUCUGAAUGAUUUAGUUGGGUUUAUUAUUGCUCUUGUUGCAUUGAAGAAAUCCGAGCGCAGUGACUCGCCCAAGGAGCUUACUUUUGGUUGGCAGCGAGCUCAGUUGCUCGGUGCCUUUUUCAAUGGUGUUCUUCUAUUUGGGUUGGGUAUUAGUAUAUUUUUGCAGUCCAUUGAGCGGUUUAUUGCUCUACAAUAUGUUCACAACCCCAAGAUGAUGUUCAUCAUUGGCUGUGUUGGAUUGGGUCUGAAUAUUAUUAGCGUGGUCUUCCUUCAUGAACAUGGACAUGGACAUGAACACAGUCAUGACCAUAGUCUACCAUCCACAAUUGAGACACCGGCUAUUCAUGCCGAACAAUGCCAUGAUCCCAGUACCAAGCAUGACGAUCACAAACAUAUUCAUUUCGAAAAAGAUCACUGUGCAGACUCGGGCGGCCACAGUCAUGGUCAUGGUGGCCACGACCACGGUGAUCUUGGCAUGAUGGGAGUGACGAUCCAUGUUAUCGGUGAUGCAAUCAAUAACUUGGGCGUCAUGGCCGCUGGUCUAGUUAUCUGGCUCGCUGCACCCCACGCCGGCCGAUACUAUGCCGACCCCGGCGUGAGCAUGUUCAUUGCCAUCCUUAUUAUUCUGUCAUCUUUCCCUCUGAUGCGCCGAGCCGGGAUGAUUUUACUAGAGAGCGUACCCACAGGGGUUGAAAUGUGCGAUGUCAAACAUGACUUAGAAAGGAUCAAGGGCGUCAGCUCAAUUCACGAACUCCACAUCUGGCGCCUUAACCAACAAAAAACGCUCGCUUCAGUGCAUGUUGUUGUGUCUGAGAACUCGGUAGAAGAGUUUAUGAAGACAGCCCAAGUGAUCAACGAAUGUUUCCAUGCCUAUGGAAUCCAUUCAAUUACACUACAGCCUGAGUUGGAGGAAGUUGAGGUUUCCGAUGGAGCUUCCCGGUGCCAGGUUAUCUGCGGGACGGUCUGCGAACAGUUUACAUGCUGUGGAUAA